GUGAUAGUGCCGAUGGUUGUGGCGUUAGUAGUGUAGUGAUAGUGGUCGCGCGUUGAAAGUGUUAGAAAGAAGGGAAAUUCGAGGAAAAGAGGAUAAGAAAAAAGUAUAUAACAAAAUAGGGGAGAAUCUAGUAGAGUGAAAAAAAAAUUAUAGAACUGUAAGAUCGGGUGUCAAAGAUGGCAGAUACGAGUCCACAACCAGCGUUGUCAGAACCACAUACGAAUGGAGUAAUGGACGGUUUAACAGAGGAGGAGAAAAGUAAGAUGCGACCAGCCGACAUCGACGCGGAUAUGAGAGAAAUGGAGAGGAGGAAAAGGGUCGAAAUGAUGAUGAAUUCGCGACUGUUUCGAGAGGAGUUGGAGCGAAUAAUUGAGACGCAAAUGAAAGAUGGUGCUGGACCAUCGGGUCUGCUGCAGCAAAUCUCUGACAUGAUGGGUGCGCAAGGUGCUCGGUUUAGUGGAAAUGUGUUUAAAAAUUCAAACUGCGUGUUACCGAUCAAUGAUAUACGCGGCGUCGAAAGUAUGGGCUAUGCGAAAGGAGAGAAAUUAUUACGUUGCAAAUUGGCAGCCGUAUUUAGAUUAUUGGAUCUGUACGGUUGGACCCAGGGUGCCGGCGGACAAAUAACUGCGCGUUUAAAUCAAGAUCAGGAACACUUUUUAGUUAAUCCUUAUGGCUUGCUCUAUCACGAAAUCACUGCCUCCAGUUUGAUCAAAGUCGACAUGCAAGGGUCGAUCGUCGAACAGGGAACGACCAAUUUCGGCGUUCACGUAGCAGGAUUCCAAUUGCAUUCGACGAUUCACGCGGCGAGACCCGAUAUCAAAUGUAUCGUUCAUAUUACUACUCCGUCCGUUACCGCCAUCUCGUCGUUAAAGUGUGGAUUACUACCGAUCGGACAAGAGAGUAUAGUAAUAGGGGACGUGAGCACGCAUCAGUACAUUGGUGGAUCUUUUGAACCCGAGGAAAAGGAAAAGAUUGCAAGAAACCUUGGCCCGAUAAACAAAGUGAUGAUGUUAACGAAUCGUGGUGCUCUCUGUUGCGGAGAAACCGUCGAGGAAGCGUUUUUUAACGUUUAUAACAUGGUUUUAGCUUGCGAGACUCAGUUAAAGCUAAUGCCCGCCGGUUUGGAUAAUUUAAAUCUUAUUUCGGAAGAAUCGAAAAAAGCCAUAUUCGAGGCUUCGAGAAAACCACCGACACCGCAACAAACGACCGUACCGAUUUCCGACAGCGCUGUUCUUGCCGAAAAACUUGAUAAGCGCUGGCGAAUCGGUGGAACUGAAUUCGAGGCACUCAUGCGAAUGCUCGAUAACGCGGGCUUUCGUACCGGUUAUAUCUAUAGAAAUCCUUUGGUGAAAGGAGAACCUCCGCGACCACGAAACGACGUCGAAGUGCCUCCGGCGGUCUCCUCGCUGGGGUAUUUGCUCGAGGAAGAGGAACUCUAUAAACAAGGACUCUGGAAAGGCGGACGCAAAGGCACGGAUAGAUCGCGUUGGUUAAAUUCGCCUAACGUGUAUCAGAAGGUCGAAAUACUGGAAACAGGAACUCCUGAUCCGAAAAAAAUUACAAAGUGGGUGUCAGAUGGAUCUCCGACCCAUACCAGUACACCGGUGAAGAUCGAUGGUGCCCUGCAAUUCGUACCGAAAAAUACCAAUCCAAAGGAGUUUAAGCAAAUACAACAACAGAUAAAAGAUUACCGUAGAGCGGAUAAAAUAUCGGCUGGACCACAAUCCCAUAUAUUGGAAGGAGUUACUUGGGAAGAAGCUAAGAAGAUGCAGGAUGCAACUAUCAGUGGAACAGGGGAACAAGUGGUGUUAGUAGGAGCAGCCAGUAAAGGUAUCAUUCAAAGAGGCUUCCAGCACAAUGCGAUGGUUUACAAAACUCCGUAUGCAAAAAAUCCUUUCGAUGCGGUUACCGAUCAAGAGCUGGACCAAUACAAAAAGGAAAUCGAACGAAAACAAAAAGGAGAUAUUUACGACGAAUCGCAAUCGGAGUCGGAAGCGUUGUCAUCGUUUAAUGUUAGCCGUGCGACCCACGAAUCUAGCACUGCCAAAAGUCCAAUUCAGUCACCGGUAUCGGUAACUUCGGAAACGGAAGAAGAAAGCAGAGACGAACCUCGAGUAUUGCGAAUAGAGACGAAACAAGUGCCUGCACCGAGUCAACCGGAAGUUGUGUUGAGCGAUGAUGGUGAUUGGUCGAGCAGGUACUGCGGUCAAAGCGAUAGCGAGAAUGAGCACGAGAAUGAAAAUGAAAAUGAAAAUGAGAACGAAAAUAACGAGUACAUUGUUAAUGAUCGUGGUAGUAAGCGUUGGAAUUUAUGGGAAGUAGAUGAUCAAGAACCACGUUUAGAAGUAGCUCGAAGUGGAGUUAUCGCGGAACGAUUGACAACUAUGUUGAUCGCUUGUCCUUCGUCGAAAGGUAACUCUGCGAUCGAGACGAACGGCAAACUCGUCGAUAAUAGUUCGAAUUUGUUUGUUCAUUCGAUAGAAGAGAAACGAUUGGAAAAAGUAUCGUUACGGGAAACAGAAAAAAAAGGAGAACGAAGAUUAGAAGCGGAAAGUAAUGAAAAUUCGACGAAAAUAGUUGACCGCGAAAAGGCUAUUUCCGAUUCGUCGGUAUUCCUUUACGAACGAAAAGGCGAAAGUACAAUGAUAAAUAAUUGUUCGAUGGGAGAAAUCGUCGAAACGAUGGAAGAUAAUGCUAAUGGUUUAAACGCUGUUACUUGGUUAGAAACUAAUACGAAAAGAAAAAAAGAUGUUUUAGCCUGUUCCAGUGAAAUCUCGACAAAGUAUAGUUUGGAUUCCACCGAUAUGAGCUUGAUAUACAGUUUAACGCCGUUACUAGACCCGGAAUAUCAGGAACACGUCAACGACGUACAGACAUUGAGAAAAUCGUUAUCUUCGUUGUCGUUGCCUUUGUCGUCGGUAUCGGUAUCGGUAUCGAUAUCGGCUGAUCAUACGGUUAACUUGGAUUUAGCGGACGAAAAACAAAGUUUCGAGCACGAACGCCGAUCGAACGAGAAAAGUUAUCAUUGCGUAUCGUUCGACAAAACUUUUACAGAAAUCGCGAACGACGCUUCCUUGGAUAUACGUGGCGACACGAUUUUUCAGUUACUCGAUACCAACGACGAAUCGUUUCGAAAUGACAUAAGUGACAGUGCUAACGAAAUUAUCGCCGAAUUAGACGCGAACGUAUCUUGUUCGUUAAAUGAGACUUUUCGAAGACCGUACAAUACUUUUUCUAGCAAUUGCAAUUGCUAUUGCUGCUGCUGCUGCUGCUGUUGUUGUUUCAGUUGUUGCAGCUGCGGCGGCGGUGUUCGAUCGUGUAUCUGCCGCCAAUGCGAAUCAUCGUUAGUUUUUGGUUCACCUACUGGUCUUUCUCGGUUUUCCGAUUCGCCUCCAUCUUCGAUUCUGACGAAGGACGAAAAGCUUGUCGAAUUAGUUGAGCGUGAAUCUGCUUGGUCAAGAAAUGUGCCGAGUCGAAAGAAUUCAUCGACGGAUCAUCUCGAAGAAAAUUCGUCCGUUACCGUCGUAAGCGAGAUAGUACAUCACUUGAUAGAUGCUCGCGCCGAGUCUCGGCAAAAACGAUCAAACGUAUCGGAAGAAACGAUGAAAUACUCGGUGAAGAGAACGGAGGACAGCGUGAACGUGGAACCAAGUGUUUGCGUUGCGAAUGGCGAAUCGAAUUCUUCCGAAAUCGAGCAUCGUUUCGAACAAAAGGAUUUUGUCAUUACCGGUCUACCAUCAACAGAGACUCCGGUCGAUCGUGUUACAUCGUGCCUAUCUCUUGAGGGUCCGAAGGAAACUAGAAGUAAAUCUUCAGUCGCGGCAGUUUUCGAAUUUUGUACGGUAGCGUCGAAUGUUGACGAUACGUCGUUUCGAUUGAACUUUAGAGUGGAGAAGAGUCAUAGCGCUGAAGGUGUCGGCGACAAUGACGAAGCAGUAUCAUCGAAUAGUAGCUAUCUUAAAACUAUUGGGAAUCUUGUUGAAAAUGAAGAUUGUUCCUCGUCGAGUUUAGAAAGCACCGUCUCUUACCGAGAUACGAACACGAGUACGAUCAGUUCCGAAAGCGGAGAUACGUUAACGGAAUUAUUCGGAGAGUCCGAAACGACGGAAUCGGUAAUGACAAAUGACUCGUUCAUGAAAUGUACCCGAUGCUCCGAAUAUUGUCCGUCGAAUCACGAUCGACGGAACUGUUUCUGUUUAUCGCCUAUAAACGAAGAGGUUGACGAGACGAUAACGAGUUCGAAGAAUAUAACGGAACAAACGAGUUAUCGGAAGAAUUCGGUUGGCAAAACGAGCGACGAUUUAAAGAUCGAAGAAUCUCGGUAUAUUACUUACACCUGUUUCGAUACCGAGAACAUCGAAAACGACCAAUAAUCAUUAACGCGAAGCGUUGAUUUAAAGAGACCGUCGUAAUGUUAUACUUUUCUUUUACGGUGCUAACAGACGCGAAAUAUUCGACAAGUUUUUAGAUUUUCUCGGCAUUGCCAAUUAUUUUCGAACGCUUAGUACAUUUUUCUUUUCAUUUUUCUUACUCAUUUUGUUAUUCUAUCGAAAAGGUUGUAUUUAUUUUGCAUUAUAAAUGUUUUUCUGCCUUCCUUUUUCGUUCCAUGGAAUAUACGGACCUAUCGAGUUCCGCCGAUUCGUUAAUUACUUCGAGAUUGAGAUUUUUAUUUUGUAUGUGCGUGUCCGUUGAACGCUCGUUAACGCACUGAAUCGUACUAAUCCUAUAUGUUUUAAAAAUCGUAACUUACGCUCUCGUGUUUAUCGUUUGCAUUUUGUACUCGAUACUUGUGUUGCACGCAAAGCAUAUUUUGUACGUAUAAAAUAAAUCGUUUUUUUUUUCCAA